CGAUUGACUCGCCUUGUGUUCCCCUCCAGCUCACGGGGCAGUGAUUUCAGCCCCAGCUUUCGUCAGAACUGCGUCAGAGACGAAUCCAGCGAGCGAGGAGCAGAGUCGGGGUGGCGCCCUGUCUCAGUCACAGCGCAGACCGUAUCGGCACAGGGCGGGUGCGAGAAAACCCUGACAGCUGUUUAUUAAAGACCUGCAAACAAUCGCACAUUUGUAGUGCGGAUCGAUCGUUUAAAUAUUUAGGCUUGCAUCUCAGUGAUUAUAACAAAAGACGGCGUCUAACGUGCGGAAGGAAAUCGUGCGCGAGCACUGGGAUUAGUGAAGCAUCCUUUCAGCACCUUGGACAGAGCGCGCGGACACAAUGGCUCCCAUGACGGCUGAAGAUGCCCAUUUCGCAGAGCUCCCUGUUAGCGUGGCCGUGCUUGGUGUUUUCGGCCUGGUCUUCAGCGUUUCUGCCUUCUCCUGGAUCUGCUGCCAACGCAAGGCCAACAAGCCCGGCGCCAAGACGCCCCCCUACAAGUUUGUGCACAUGCUGAAGGGUGUGGACAUCUACCCCGAGAGCCUGAACGGCAAGAAGAAGUUUGGGGGCGAGAAGACAGCGGAGGCUGUGCAGGCCCAGGCUGGCCCGAGCCCCACGGGAAGCCGCCCAGCCCUCCACCUUGACCUGGAGAAGCGGGACCUCAAUGGCAACUUUGCCUUCAAGCCGCCCGCCCUCCACCCCAAGGUGCGUAGCUCCCCAGACCUGGACAUGCCGUCGCCACAGCCGAGCUCUGGGGCGGAGGUCUCUGGCCAGGAGGCCUGCACCCCAGAGAACAGCCUCUCCAUUCAGACGCCCACGCCGGCCCGCAACAAGCCCCAGGAGAAAGAGGGCGGUCUGGGCACGCUCUUCUUCUCGCUCGAGUACAACGUGGAGAAGAAGGCCUUCGUGGUGCACAUCAAGGAGGCGCAUGGGUUGUCCGCCACUGACGAGCAGUCCCUGACCUCUGACCCUUACAUCAAGCUGACGCUUCUCCCUGAGAAGAAACAUAAGGUGAAGACGAGGGUACUGAGAAAGACUCUGGACCCAGCCUUCGAUGAGACGUUCAGCUUUUACGGGAUCCCGUACGCGCGUGUCUCCCAGCUGGCUCUGCACUUCAUGGUGCUCAGCUUCGACCGGUUCUCCCGUGAUGAGGUCAUCGGGGAAACGCUCGUCCCAUUGGCUGAUGUCGACCUCUCGGAGGGCAGGGUCUUCAUGAGCCGUGACAUCAUCAAGCGAAAUGUUAGGAGGAGCGCAGGGCGGGGAGAGCUGCUCUUGUCUCUGUGUUACCAGUCCACCACCAGCACUCUGACCGUGGUGGUCCUCAAGGCUCGCCACCUGCCCAAGACGGAUGCCAACGGGCCCUCAGACCCGUAUGUGAAGGUUAACCUGUACCAGGGAAAGAAGCGCGUGUGCAAGAAGAAGACUCACGUGAAGAAGUGCGCCCCCAACCCCGUCUUCAACGAGCUCUUCGUCUUCGACGUGCCCUCAGAAGCGGGCCUGCACGACACCAGUGUGGAGCUGCUGCUGCUUGAUUCUGAUAGGACGGCGCGCACACCAGUCAUCGGCCGGCUCCUCCUUGGCACCGCCUCCCCAGGCACCCCUGGCGAGCACUGGCGCGAGAUCUGCGAUCACCCACGGCGACAGAUUGCUAAGUGGCAUGUGCUCUCCGAAGACUAGCAGCCUCAGCAAAUGUCCAGGAAUCGUCUGAAUGCAGGAGAAUGGGAGUGGGCAUGGUUGGAGGGAAAGUGGGUGGACUUACAAGUGAGAUUAUCUGUUAAUGAUGUAAUUGGGGUGGGGCUUCCUCAGAGGGGGAAGCAUCAGCUGGACCCAGCCAAUCAAAAAUUCCAAAGACAGUUGGUGACACCCAAUGAUGCUUUUCUUCAUAUUUCAUACAUCUGAAUGGUCACCACCUCGUGCAGUGCCGAAUGUUAUAAAUGUCUGUCGCUGUUCGCUCUGCUUACUAUCAAUAUUACUCAGUUGUACAAAAAAGUAAUUUAAAAAAACAGUAACUAUGAUGCUGUAAAUAUAUAUCUAUGAGUAUGUUAUUUUUUAAAGAGGUUAUCUUUUAUUUAAUCAAAAAUAUUUAACAUUUCCUUCCUUUUGUACUUGACUGAUUUUGGUUCAGGGUUUGUUUUUUUGCCUGUUAUGUAAGUGGUUGGUCGUGUUUCAUAUUUCAGCCAUGAGGUGGCAGCCUAAAUUAGGCCAAACAAAAAUUGAUACUGAAUGAAGAACUGCAUGAACUGAGGAAAACUAUGUGCGUGUGUGCGUGUGAGUGUCAGUGUGUGUGUCUGUGUGUGUGUCUGUGUGUGCGGUUUGUCUGUUCUGACUGGAGACUUUACUUUGAGCACAACAGAAUGUAAUGUACGUGUACCUUAAUAUAAAAUGUCAAGUUCAGAGGAAGAAACUGA